AUGGGCCGCACGAAUGCGAAGAAGCAAGAGGCGCGAGAGGAGCGCCUCAGCAAGCUUCCUCAGUCAGAUCGCUUAGCGAAGGUCGCCCUCAUCAAGAAGAAGGAGGGCCGCGUACUCGAUGCGGAUGAAAAGCACGCACUGAAGAUGUCGUCAGUGCAUGGCGAGAUUCUGCGCCUGUGGGAGAAGCUGCGCACGCUUGAGGAGCGCGCGGAGGAGCAAGCUGCCAUGCCUUCCAGCAAGAAGACCGCAUACGCGCACAAGUACCCCAUGGUGGACAAGCUCAUGCAUCUCAUCGAGCCCAAGUUCGCGAACCUCGUGCGCACACCGAGUGUGAGCCGAGUGGUGCAGUCAAUGAUCAAGUACGGUUCGGCGGAGCAGGUCAACAGGCUCUUGAAGUGGGUCUCGAAGGACUUUACCACCUACGCGACGGACGCCUACGCGCAUUUCGUGGUUUGCGCGUUGGUACGUCACGUUCCACACGAGGCCUACAGCAAGUUGAUGGCGCACGUGAUUCCUUCCGUACCGCAGCUUGUAGCGCACAAGUUCGGCAUCCAGGUGGUCCACUCUGUAUACAGCAGUCGCUGGUGCAGCCCGGCGGACCGCAGCCUCCUCUUGUUAGCUGUGUUUAAAGACAGUGUAGCAGUGAUGAAGCGGUGGCCGGGGUACCCGGAGGUGGAGGCGGUCCUGAAGCAGAACCCGCCACUUCAGCGGCGCCUUCUCAGUCGCCUCUUUGACCUCAGCGACAAACUGGUGUCACAGAAGGAGGCAGUCGGGUACCCGUUCGUGCAGCGGCUCGUCGGCGCCUACGUACGGUGCGGCACGCGUGAUGAGGUGAGCGAGUUGUGCGACACGCUACGUCCCCACAUUACCGCUAUUUCGGUCACCCGGGAAGGUGCCCCUCUUGCCUCCCUCGCCUUCUCCUUAACGGAGCCAAAGAAGCGCAAGGAGGUGCUUCACAGCUUCAACGCACAGCUGGGGGAGCUCUGCACCAGCAAGUACGCAGCACCGGUCAUUGCUCGCCUGUUCGACCUCCUGUACGACGCGCAGAUGCUGAGUAAGUACGUUGCGAGCGACCUAGCGGAGCACAUUGGGCAGGUAGUCAACAGCCCCUAUGGCUACCAGAUCCUUAUGCACCUGCUCACCCCGCACGAGGAGCGCAAGUGGAAGUUCCUGCUUCCCAACUGGCGGGAGCACAACCUCUUCUCCAUGGAGAAUAAAGAGUGGAACCACCACACGUGGCUGACGCCAACAUUUGUGCCCGAGACGGUAGAGAUUUGCAGCAAGCCUGCUGUCACGUCCCACCUCGCAGCGCUGCCAAUGCUCGUCAAGGCAUUCCUGCAGUAUGUGACCGACGAAGCCAACAGCGCCAAGCUGAACCGCCACCACGCCGCACUCAUCGCACGCGAAGUGCUGCACGUAGUACAGCACGAGCCACUCUACAAGGCCGCCAUUCAGCUUUCCGCGGAUGAGGAGCAGGCUUUGUCCAAGCUGGCUCCCGCACAUGGCAAGCGAGAGCGUGAUGACCCAGAGGAGGAAGUGGAGAAGCAUGCCGCGACCCCGGAAAAGCGCCCCAAGCGCGAAAACGGCAGCCAGAAAGCCGCAGCGCUCACCUCCGCCGACAAGAGGAAGAAGGCAAAGGUGUCAACGGUCACCUCGGCAGCCGCCCCACUGGAAGGCAGGCGGGUCAAGGCGGAUCCAAAAAAGAGUGUCAAGAAGAUUUAG